AUGUCUGGUGACACAUCACAGCCGGGCGGGGAUUCCCGUCGCGAUAAUUGUACUGCUGGCCCCCGUACGGAACAAGAAGGAGUAGAAGCAUCUGAUGUGUCUUCGGGAAAUGCAAAUCCAUACAUUCCACGAUUCAUUGCCAAGGCACCGUGGUACCUCAAUGCUACUCCGGGGCUGCAGCAUCAGCGUGCUCACGAACAGAAUAAGACGCACUUAGAACCACCAAAAUGUCGAGGUGUCACGUCGCAUGUGGCCAUAAAAUAUCGCAAGAACGCUUGUGCAAACUGCGGUGCAGUCACACAUGACGCGAAAAGUUGCGUAGAACGACCCCGUAAGAAAGGUGCCAAGUAUACAAAUUCCAAUAUAUGUCCUGAUGAGUAUAUAGAACAAAAUUCAGCAGUAGGAUAUGAGGCCGUCCGCGACCGAUGGGCCGGCUUCGACGCUUCUACUCACCAGCUGUUAGUAGAGGAAUAUAAGGAUGUCGAGGAGGAGCAGCAUCGUCGUAAGAUGCAACAGUUGGCCGCAGAUCUCAAAGAAAAUAAGCCGGAGGUAGGCGGCCCACCCACCGAGUUACAGACAGGUGAAUUCGAGGACGCUGAAACCACCUUUGGAACCACCGAUGAUCGUACGAGGACAACUACACGCAAUUUGCGCAUUCGUGAAGACACUGCAAAGUACUUGAUUAACCUUGACAUCAACUCGGCGUAUUACGACCCCAAGUCUCGUUCUUUACGCGGCGACCCUUUAUUGGGGAUGGUGAAUACUGAAAAACACACAUUUAGGGGUGACAACGAACUUUUCACUUCGGGUGACUCCUCCAAACCUAAGGAAAUUGAGCAGUUCGCAUGGGAAGCACAGUGCAAAGGCGCCACUGUCAGCUUCAUGGCACAACCAACAGAGCUCGAGUUUAUGUUUAAGGAGGAAUCUGAAAAGCACCAGAAUGAAAAGGAAGCUCAACGCAAGGCACUUCUGGAGCGUUUCGGGGGUUCAGAGUACCUCGGGACUCCUAACGACGCCAUCAUUGAGCAACCCAGAGAGACUUCACCGCCUACGGACGGGUGCACUGCGCUAGAUGUGCUCCAUUUGGCUACACAUGAGGAAGCCUAUUCACUAGGUCACAAUUCAGUUUGGGGAUCAUACUACGACGUAGACAACAAGCGAUGGGGGUAUAAGUGUUGCAAGGGCGCCGUCAAAGAACAGCAUUGUACAUUAAAUCUGCGUUAG